AUGAUUGGACGUUGCUUCUUCGAAAACGACGACGAAACGAUUGUCACCGACUUGGAGGGUCCAGCAUUUGGACAAAGGCAUGUUCAAUCGGUGUUGUUAUUUCUGGGUAUUGCCAUAAAUUAUAUGACCAAAUAUAGUGCCAGCAUAUCACUGGUGGCAAUGACAAAUGCCUCAACCACAAAUCCUAAUUUUCCGCAAUAUAAUUGGACGGAAGCUGAAAAAUCCUAUAUACUCUCCAGUUUCUUUUGGGGUUAUGUGGUGACCCAGCUUCCUGCCGGCUAUGUAUGUAAACGUUUCGGUGCCAAGGUUACAUUAUUUGCUGCAACACUGGGCUCCUCGCUGGCGGGUCUUAUAUUACCCUUCACUGUAAAAUGGGGUGAUUGGCAAAUAUUUUGUGCGGUACGUGUACUUCAGGGUCUGUUUCAAGGCUUCGAUAUAACUGCAGCCUAUGCCCACGUGGCUAAAUGGUCACCAGUGGAGGAACGUAAUCGUUUGGGAGCCAUAGUUAGUUCGGGCAUUGAAUGUGGCACAUUACUGGGCAUGUUGGUAAGUGGUCUCAUAGCCACAUCAAGUAUGGGCUGGCCAGGAAUUUCUUAUACCUCAUGUGCCUUCGGAUUAAUUUGGUGUCUUUUCUGGGAAAUAUUUGCCUCGAACACACCAAAUAAGUCAAAAUUUAUAUCUGCUGAGGAGAGAAAUUAUAUUAACACAUCAUUAAGCAAGAAACGUGCUGCGGAGAGUAAUACUUCGAAAUCAAUUCCAACACCCUGGAGAGUUCUACUAGGAUCAUCAGCUGUUUGGGCCCUAUUAUGUACCCGCUGUGCUGAAGCUUGGUGCUUUACAACAAUUCAAGCAUCAAUUCCCACCUACAUGAGUGGUGUCUUCGGCAUGAAUAUGGAAAAUAAUACCCUAUAUUCCGCCUUGCCAUUCAUUGUGCUAUGGAUAAUGUCAUACGUGUAUUUAAUACUGGCUGAUUUACUUCUCAAAUACGACGUGUUAACACUGAAAAGUUUAAGAAAAACCUUCAAUUCCAUUGCUUUUUGGAUACCAGCCAUGUGUCUUUUCGCUAUUGGAUUUUUGGAAGUUGAACAACAAAUAUUUGCUGGGGUGUUAUUAAUUGCCAUUGUAGCUCUAAAUGCUGGCAAUAUGAUUGGCAGUGGUUUGAAUGUCCUCGAUUUAGCUCCGAAUCACACUGCCAUUUUGAUGAGUUUUAUAAAUUCCGUAGCAACUAUAAUGCCAAUUUUAACACCACUUGUGGCGGGUGCUAUUGUUAGCGAUAAUUCUAAUAUCAGACAAUGGCAAAUUGUGUUUGCCAUUUGCGGUUCCGUAUAUAUUGUUACUAAUAUGAUUUAUCUGAUUUGGGGUACAACCGAUGUCCAGCCAUGGAACGAUCCAGAUUUUCAGGAAUCUAGAAAAGAUAUUCAAAGUGUUGGCAAUAUUGAUGGUCGUUCGAAGGAAAGUAAAGUGGAUGUGUGA